UAUUUUUCGUCUUUUCCAGGUUAACUAUAAUGCAUCAAGCUCUCCAAAGGACCAUCAUGGAGAUUGGCACUCUGAACUGUUAAUGGGGACAUGGGACUCACGUUGCCAUUGAUCAUUUGUGUGGACUUUAGCAAAGACCAACAGAAGACACUAGAAAGGCAGUUGGAAUUAUAGCAAGAAGUUUUCAGAAUGUCUGAGCAAGGUAAAUUGAACCAGGAGACAGCAGAGGAAGCUGCAAAAGAGCAGAAGACUGCCAUCUCUGAAGCCAACCAGGACAACUGUGUUCUUAAUAAAUCUGAAAGCUCAGAAGUAGAGGAGGAGAAGCUCAGUGAUUCCAAGACAGAGCUGCAGGUGUUACUGCCAACAAAAAGUUGUUAUGCAAAGCCUAAGAAGAAACGAGGUGCAAAUCAGCAGAAAAAGAGAUCCAAGUCAGGAGCUAAGGGAAAACUCGUGCGGAGUCUUGCUGUGUGUGAAGAGUCAUCCCCUCGCCCAGGAGCAGAAAAUCUUCAUGACAAUCAGGAAUCAAUCCAACUACAGCUUUCAAGUUUUCCUAGCUUGCAUGAAGAUAAAUCUAGUAAAGAUGACUCCGAGAAAGAAAAAGAGAAGGAUAAAAAUAAAAACAGUGAAAAAAGCAAGAUCAGAACAUUAUCAAAAGAUUGCAGUCAAGAGUAUACAGACUCAACAGGCAUAGAUUUGCAUGAGUUUCUCAUAAACACAUUAAAGAAUAACCCCAGGGACAGAAUGAUACUCUUGAAAAUGGAACAGGAAAUUAUUGAUUUUAUUAGUGACAACAAUAAUCACUAUAAAAAGUUCCCUCAGAUGUCAUCAUAUCAGAGGAUGCUAGUGCAUAGAGUGGCAGCUUAUUUUGGAAUGGAUCACAAUGUGGAUCAGACUGGAAAAUCUGUAAUUAUCAACAAGACCAGCAGUACAAGAAUACCAGAGCAAAGGUUUUCUGAACAUUUAAAAGAUGAAAAAGGUGAAGAAUCCCAGAAGCGAUUUAUCUUGAAGCGAGAUAACUCUAGUAUUGAUAAAGAAGACAAUCAGCAAAACAGAAUUCUUCCAUUUAGAGAUGACAGACGAAGUAAAUCAAUUGAAGAGAGAGAAGAGGAGUAUCAGAGAGUGAGGGAGAGAAUAUUUGCACAAGAUUCAGUUUGCUCCCAGGAAAACCUUUUUGUGGAAAACAGUAGGCUGUUGGAAGACAGUAGCAUAUGCAAUGAUAUGCAUAAGAAAAGACAGCUGUUUAGGGAUAACAGGGACAGCAUUGGGAAGACAUCUGGCAGUCGACAGAGCAGUACAGAGAACGAAUUGAAGUGGACAGACCACCAGAGGCCAUGGAGCAGCACAGACUCGGACAACUCAAAUCGAAAUUUGAAGCCAGCCAUAACAAAGACAGCCAGUUUUGGUGGGAUAACCGUCCUGACAAGAGGAGAUAGCUCAUCAAGUAACAGAAGUACCGGCAAGCUGUUUAAAACAGGCUCAGAGUCUUCCAGUAGUGCUGGCUCCUCAGGAUCACUGUCACGAAUACAUCAGCCUCUUCAAAGUGCAUCUCUCAUCCCUGGGGUAAUGGCCAAUUCUUCAGGCAGUGUGUCCUACGCAGAGAAUGGGAUGAGUGGCCAGGUGGCCCCCAGCAACACCAGCUAUAUAAUUCUUCCACUUGAAGCUGCAGGGAUACCGCCUGGCAGUAUCCUUCUCAGCCCACACACAGGUCAACCAUUUGUAAAUCCUGAUGGAACGCCGGCAAUAUACAAUCCUCCCAGUGGCCAGCAGACAAUGAGGAGCCAGGUGGUGGGACAGUCUCAGCAGCAGCCUUCACCCCAGCAACCUCAGCAGGUUCAACAGCCACAGCAGCAAAUAGCAAGUCAUCUUGUCACACAGCGAGAUGACAUGGCCGCACAGUUUAACCAGAUGAGCUUAAGUCGUCAAUCAUCAGGAGACAACCCUGAGUCGCCUUCUGGCCCCGUGUACCCCUCGCCAAUCCUGCAACAGCCUGCCCAGCAGACAGGUUACAUCAUGGCCUCCCCGAGCCAGCAGCUUCCCCCAGGAGGCUUCACGGGUUCUGGACCACCAGUGUCCCAGCAGGUGCUGCAGCCACCACCACCGCCCCAGGGCUUCAUGCAACAGCCACCGCCACCUGCUCAGAUGCCAGUGUAUUAUUACCCAUCUGGUCAGUACCCUACCUCAACAACUCAGCAGUACAGACCCAUUGCCUCAGUUCAGUACAACGCGCAGCGGAGUCAACAGAUCCCCCAGACUGCCCAGCAAGCAGGUUACCAGCCUUUCCUGCCAAACCAGCAGCACGGGUUCCAGGGUCUCAUGGGAGUGCAGCAACCGCCCCAAAGCCAGAACCUGAUGAAUAAUCAACAGGGAAAUCAGGUGCAAGGCAUGAUGGUUCAGUAUCCAGCCAUGUCAUCUUAUCAGGUGCCAAUGACCCAGGGUUCUCAAGGAUUGCCACAACAAUCAUAUCAACAACCAAUCUUGCUACCUAAUCAAUCAGGUCAAGGAACAAUUACAGCCACUGGAAUGCCUGUCUACUGUAAUGUCAUACCUCCUGCCCCACAGAACAACCUCCGGUUGAUUGCCCCACACUGCCCCUCCAAUAACGUUCCAGUUAUUUCUGCCAGCUGCAGGACAAACUGUGCAAGCAUCAACAAUGCAGGGUGGCAGGUCAAGUACUGACACUGUGGCUUAGAGUCAUAAGGAUAGAGGUGCAUUAUUUAACAAAUAAAUCAUGGCCUUCAAAUGAAGAGGAACACAACAGAAUUAUCAGUUGAGGACACGAGUACUGACUAUGCUCAAGUGAUGUGCUGCUGGAAAAACCUGUAAAAAAAAAAGUAAAAAUAAUUUGGAAAAAAAAUGUUCGCUGGUUAAUGGUGCAUAUUUUUGUCAUGUCUGCUAGGUAUGCCUUUAUAGCUUAGCUAGUGACAUGAAUUCAUUGAGGUAAGAUUUUUUCCUACCACUGAACACCACUGUGUAGAUUGUAAUAUCCCUGAUUCUGAUUAGUUUUGUACUUUGUGUGAGUUUGUGAAGCUAAAAGUAUUUAAAAAUAUAAUAAAAUCACAUUGUACCAAAGCUGUAAUGGAAAUGGAAAAAAAAAGAAAACAAAAAAUGAAUUACUGAAUGGAGGGAAUAAUUUAUAUACACUAUAGAGUUUUUAUAUCGAUAUAUACUGUAUUGUAGUGCUUAAUCAAAAUAAAGCUAUUUGACCUCUUGAAGGAAGGUCAUGUUUCUA